AUGGAGCUGGAUAUUCCUACCUUCAAGAAGAUUGAAGCUGUUGGCUGGACUGUGACUUUAUGCAUACUUGUAUUUUUCUUUGGACAUGUCUUUGUAUUCUUGGGAAUCUGUUUCCUGGUGAGAAAACUGUACAUGUGGUACAAGACCAGACGUCUGGGACUCAUUGACCCCUUGGGAAAGGCAGUUGUAGUGACUGGCUGUGACUCAGGUUUUGGCUUGGGUUUAGCCAAACACCUCCAUGCAGUUGGGUUUACAGUGUUUGCCACUUGUUUAAACCUUGACAGUGAAGGUGCUAAAUCUCUGCAGAAACUGGCAUCUGACAGACUGAAGGUCGUCCAUCUGGACAUCACUAAUGAUGACAGUGUGGGUAGGUGUCAGAGACGGGUCAAAGAGGAGUGUGAAAAUACAGGUUUGUGGGGUCUGGUUAACAAUGCUGGACUGAAUGUCAUGGGAGAUCUGGAACUGACCACGAUGGAACAGUAUUUGACCACUGGCAACAUUAAUCUCUAUGGGAUGGUGAGAAUGUGUAAAGCAUUCUUACCCUUGAUCAGGCAAGCUAAAGGUCGGAUUGUGAAUGUAACCAGUGCCAAAGGGCUGCUGGCCAUUCCCAGCUGUGCUGCUUACACUGUGGCCAAGUUUGGUGGAGAGGCUUUUUCAGAGAUACUGUAUCAAGAGAUGAGUCAGUUUGGUGUAACAGUCAGCAUUAUUGAGCCAUGCAAUUAUGGAGGAGCAACAGGCUGUUUAAAUGAGGCUGGUCUGAAACGAAUCAAGGCCAAUUUUGAUGAGAUGUGGAGGGAAGCCAGUGAUGAUGUCAAAGAAUUUUACGGACCAGCUCACUUAGCACAACAGAUGGAAGAUCUUAAACAGGCAGCUGCCACAGCUGCUCCAACUAUUGAUCCAGUCAUAGAUGCUUUUGAAGAUGCAUUACGCAAUCAAUGUCCUAAAUUUCGCUACCUGAUACCAGGGUCCAACUCUUACUUUGACUGGUCUCACAUCCUUACAUGCCUGAUGCCCUUCUUGCCACAGUCAUUGUUCAAUAAACUCCGAGCUUAUUUUGUGCCAUAUGCUAUCUACAAAUAA